AUUUCAGAUAUAGAAAUGAAGAUGUAUGGUUCAUCUAUUUCUGGUUUUGGUUUAACAUCAUCUAAUAUUAACAUAUAUGUCAAUUCACCUAGUGCGAAGUGUAUGCCAAAGAUUUUAGUUUUAAUUUUUGAUCUUCUUAUAAAAUCUGAUAAAUUUAAAGAUGUACAUUGUGAUUUUUAUUCAAAAGUACCGGCAGUAAUAUUUACUGAUCCUGAAUCUAACAUAGUCUGUCAACUGACUAUAAAUAGUUGUUUUGCUAGAGAUACCAGUAGGCUACUGUCUAUUUAUAGUAGUCUAGAUCCUAGGGUUGCUCAGCUUGGUAUUGUUUUUAGGACUUGGGGAAAGAUAUGUGGUUUAGAUAGACAGAAAGAAGGAACAUUACCUGCUUAUUCUUUUAGUUUAAUGACAGUAUAUUAUUUACAAAAUACUAGUCCUCCUGUUUUACCAGUCUUUUAUAAGGUAGGCUUAGAGUAUACCUCUUGA